CAGCUGGAUACACACACACUGGAGAUGUUCCUCUCUCGUCACCAACACUUCAUGGCGUCUUUGGUGACUCUGUGUGUAGCACUCACUGUAAUGGUUAUACGAGCAAAACCAUGCGACAAUGGCCAGCACUGCCCCGACUGUGACAGUAAUGGAGACUGCUCGGCACCAUGCGAGGUUGGAUACUAUGGUAGGAAGUGCACGUCAGUGUGCAACAGCGGAUGUAAAAAUCGGUUGUGUGAACUCACAGAGAUGGGCGUCGAAAACUGCGCGGAGGGAUGUGUUCCAGGCUUCAGAGGUACAAGCUGCACAAUACCAUGCCACAAGCCUGGGACGCAGUGUACGGUGUGUGAAGGUGGAUGUGAUGAAGGAUACUGCAGGCUCAGUUCUAAAUCCUGUGUUUCUGGAUGUGUCGACUCCUUCUAUGGCCUUGAAUGUAAGGACUGCUCUGAGAGAUGUAAGUCAUGUAACAGGUCUACAGGGAUGUGUGACGUUUGCCAUGAUCCAUACCGGGGUCUGAACUGUGAGAUAUCAUGUGAGAAGUGUGCAGGAUCUUGUCUGUCUGGAUGUGACAGAGGCUGUAAACCUGGCUUCUAUGGUCAUUGGUGUGAUAAGGUGUGCAGUGAAAACUGUCAUCCUGGGCCCAACAAAACUGCAGUUUCUGUCUUGGAAUGUGACCAAAAUGCAUCCAUCAAUUGCAUCCCCAAGUGUGACAACAACACUGGAGACUGUAUCCACGGUUGUAAUGAUGGUUGGUAUGGUGAGAACUGCUCCUCUCGAUGUAGCCGGAAGUGUGCAAAUAUGUCCUGUACUGAGUCAGGGUCGUGUGCAGCUGGUUGUGCACCAGCGUAUGCUGGGACUGACUGCUCCUGCUUUGAAAACUGCAUCCAUGGUGUUUGUUACCCGAACAACGGAUCUUGUGUGAAAGGUUGCAUCAAUGGAUAUUAUGGUAUAUUUUGUAACAUUUCCUGUGACGUCUGUCUUGACGGUGUAUGUGGUCGGACACAUGGAACUUGCGUCAGAGGAUGUAAUGAUACCGACCAGACAUGCACAUCUAGCUGUACUAAAAACUGUCCUUUGGAGGUCUGCCUUAAACUCAGAACAUGUUCAGGUGUUCAACCGAAGCUCGACAUCAAGUACAUGACAAUAGGCCUGUCAGCAGUGAUGUUUCUCACUGGCAUCCUGUGUGCUGUGUGUUUUGUAAGAUGCUGGUCAAAGAGAAGGAACAAUGAAGCAGACAUCUACACAGUAGAGUAUCAACCUCCGUCAAAUAGAUAUUACGAAAUUUGCGAUGAAGAUGUGGACCAAGAAUGUGACUCCACUGAGCCUGAAUCGAAUGACGUUACUCCUCCGUUGGCAGAACUGCUUAAGGAAGCUGACGGCAGUGGAACACACAGUGACGUAUCUUCAGAUGGUUCUUCAGAAGACAACCAGUCGUACACACACCUAGAGAGGGAUAACUGUGUCGGUGACCAGACAACUCAUGUGAAAUAUAUAACACCAGCUGAGAAACGGAUGUCCGGUGAACAGUAA